GGCGCGUUACAUCGUGUCACCACACGUGACAAUCGUGACCCCCUCAGACUCCAAGACGGGGAUCCGCUUGAUCUACAUCACCAGUCGUCUGCCAUGAACGGAGAAAUCUUCAAUGCCAACCCAACUGUUUACGCAUCCAAGCGCUCUACCCGUAAAUCUAAAUUCGAGGCCGGGCAGUCACUAUGGAUCGACGAACAGUAUCAACCUGAGCUCAGCAAUGAAUCCGAAAUUGAGCCUAUUGAUGAAGAUGAGAUAUUUGACUUGAUCCGCUCUAUCGCAGAUCCUGAGCAUCCCAACUCUCUCGAAGAACUCAGGGUGGUAUCCGCAGAGCAGAUUGAAAUAGGUCACAAUCACAUCGUGGUCGAGUUUACUCCAACUGUACCUCACUGUGGGAUGUCAACAUUGAUUGGAUUGUCCAUUCGUGUGCGACUUAUGCGGAGUUUACCUCAGCGUUUCAAAGUGGAUAUCCGGGUGAAACCAGGAUCGCAUCAAAGUGAGCUUGCAGUAAAUAAACAAUUGAAUGAUAAGGAGCGUGUUGCAGCUGCCUUGGAAAACCCUGCCCUAGUGGAGACGCUAGAAAAGUGUCUAGAGCCCACCGGAGGACACGACAGUCGGUAGCAAGUAUCAAUUCCCUCAAGUGAUUCUAUGACAGUUGUAUCUAUAGCUUUAUUUUAUAGGAUUGUAGCGCCUUUGUCUCUUU